AUGGGAAAGUGUUCUCCUAGCCAAGUGGUUGACGCUUCCACGGACAUUCAAAUCGUUGCCUUCAAUGAUAACUGCUUGCAGUUUUCCGAAAUUCUUCAGGAGCACCAGGAGUACGAUAUAGAGGGUUUCGCUUGCCGUCAAGCUAAUCCGAUUUUCAAUACAACAAGCAGCAAGCUGGAAAUCGUUCUAAACAAAGGCACGAAAAUUCGAGCUUUGAACCGAGCCACGCUCCGGAUUGCCGAGAAGUCUCCAAAUUAUGUGUCCUUUAGCGAGCUCCAAUCGAUGAAAGAGAACGAUAUAGUCGACGUUUGUGGUGUGAUCAUUCAUGUUUCCCCGGUGGAAGAAUUCACGCGCAAAAGGGAUGGCAAACCAAUCGUGAAGCGAGAACUUCGCAUAGUCGAUGAGGACCGAAAAAUUCUCACCAUCAACCUUUGGAAUGAAAGGACGAACACUGAACUGGUGGAAAAGGUUGCAGUCUCCGUUAGACACGGACGAAUCAACAUAUUCCGUGGCAACCUGAGCUUGAAUUGUGAAUCCGCUUCCAAGAUAGACUUCGAUUUGGGGAACGAACGCCUCCUGAAACUGAGUCAAUGGUGGGAAAACACGGACUCGAGGCUUCCGGCGACAACUCUUCGAAUCGUAAUUCGGAGUUGA